UUAUUGAAAUUCUAAUUAUGUUAUAUCAAUGCUGCAUGAUGUUACCAUGAAUUUCUUCUCAUGGAAAUUCAUGCAAUUGAUCAUUUCCGGUGCGCAUUUCAAAUGAUGCAUUGCCGGUUAACCUCAAAAUGUAAACGACUGUUCAAUAAAAUAAGUAAAUCCAUGACAAAUGGAGAGGAUGAUGUACAGUGCCAUAGUAGCCCUCAUGUUGAUACUCAACCUGGCUACAAUUGCAUCAAGUGAUAAAUAUGAGAUUGAUCCAUCGAGAACAAUUCUAUGGGGUCCUGGUUUGUCUCCGGAAAUAGUAAUGCGAAGUCGUUACUUUUUUCUGCAACUAGUGGACGUCAAUGGAAACAAUGUUACUGAAGGUGUUGAGAAGGCUGAUAUCAGGGUAACUAUUAGAAGCACAAACUCAAAUGGUCAUACAUGCAGAGUGUGGAUACAAACCCUGAACUCUAAAGAUGGGAGCUACAUAGUUCGUUAUAGAUUGUAUCAAACCUGCUACGAUUUUCGUAUCGACGUUACAGUCAAUAAUCGCACAAUUCCGAAGGGAUCGAUUUAUGAAAAAGGUCCUAUUUAUGAGGAAGAAUGUGUGUGCCCAACUCUUUCAGUGCCCGAUUGGUUAGAAAAAUACCAGUGUUCAUCAAACUACUCUCAAAUAUUAAAUGACUUGAAGGAUUUCCCCCAACUAAAUUUCAGUAACAUCAGAACGCAAUUGAUAAAAAACUACGCAAAACCCCACAGCGUCAGUCUCUGUCACUAUGUGAUAAAGAACAAUAGGAUUUUUAGGAGAUGCUACGGAGAACAUGUAGGCUUUAAAGUAUUUUCUGAUUCUAUUUUGUUAUCAUUAACGAGAAAAGUCGUCCUACCCGACACGGAAUUCUUCAUGAAUUUGGGAGAUUGGCCACUGGUACAGGAGGGAGGACCGUUGUACCCAAUAUUCUCAUGGUGUGGUUCCAACGACACCAAAGAUAUUAUUCUCCCAACAUACGAUAUCACUGAGUCGUCCUUAGAAAACAUGGGGAGGGUCAUGCUUGACAUGUUAUCUGUUCAAGGUAAUAUUAAAACCCCAUGGAAUGGAAAGAUCGAGAAAAUGUUUUGGAGAGGACGAGACUCUCGUCGGGAACGAUUGAAACUCAUUGAUAUAUCGAGAGAACAUCCGGAUCUGUUCAAUGUCUCGAUCACCAAUUUUUUCUUCUUUAGAGAUGAGGUAGCAAAAUAUGGGCCAGGUCAGCGGCCCAUAUCCUUUUUCAAUUUUUUUGAUUACAAGUACCAGCUGAAUAUUGAUGGAACAGUCGCAGCCUAUCGCCUCCCGUAUCUCCUCGCCGGUGAUUCUGUGGUUUUUAAACAGGAGUCCAAGUACUACGAGUAUUUUUAUGAUCGUUUAAUUCCUGGGGAGCAUUUUGUACCGAUUAAGACCGAUCUAUCUGAUCUGGUAGAAAAAAUUCAUUGGGCGAAGGAUAAUGACAGCAGAAUGCGACAAAUCGCUAAGGCUGGACGAGCCCUGAUGCGGGAGGUUGCCUUACCUCAUCAUGUUUUCUGUUAUCAUGUAUCGCUCUUGCAGAUGUGGAGUGAAAGAGUGAAAAGUACAAUUUCAGUAUUGGAAGGAAUGGAAGAAGUCGGGCAGGUGGAAAAUGGAUGUCCAUGUCAUGCUCACAAAUUCUCGACUGAAGCGAAUGAGGGAGUGCGCAGUAAGGAUGAGUUUUAAAAGUGAUUAUCUAUUUCAGGAACUUAAAUACAAUAAACGAUAUGCGAUAAUUUGAAGAUACUACACAAAUCUUAAUUGAGCUUCCAUGAAAUAUCAAGAAAAGUUACGUGGAAUUUGUAUGGAAACUUCGAUGGGAUUUUGUAAUGUAAUUUUGUUUGUAACUUUUUCGACCGUUAGAUGGCUUACGAGUAAUUCAAAUGGUUUCUCGCAGCUGAACAUACUUCGGGAUAACGUAUAAACAUGCUGCAACUCGAAGUGUAAAUUACACAUUCGAUGUGGAAAAUAUGUAUAACAAUUUGAUAAUUUUUGAAGCGGAUAGACCAUCCCAUGAAAUAAUUGAAAAAUACUUCUCUUACAAAAAAGUUGAAAAAGUAAUUAUCCUCAAUUGCUCCUUUAUCUUCCAACUGAAUAAUUGAUUUCUCAUAAAAGUGGGUGUAUUAUUUAAGAACUAAGUUAAUUAUUAUAAGUCGUGCAGACGAUUACCAACCCAGUCCACCCUCAAACUUUGUUUAGAAUUUAUUUCGGCCUUUAAUAUACAAACUUUACUACAAUAAUGAAGCAUAUUCACAAUUUGAGUGGCGAUUAUACUACUUGAAUGAAUUAACUAAAAGAGUAAUCAGUAUGAAUUGUGUAAAUCAAUUUUCAUCAUUCUGUUAUUUGAUUCCCGUUGUAAGCGACUAAUCUAACACAUCUGAUUUUUGCUGUGAGUUACUCACCAAUAGGUGGCGUACGACUUUUUUCAUGGUUUUCUCGUUGGUCAAAAAUUCUUUGUUAUCCUAUAAUUACACAUGAAGCGCGGCAAUCUUACGAGGUAUGAUUCUCAUAUCCAAUUUUCGUAAAUCGGAUAGGUUAGUGAAGUAUAACUUAUUUCAGUUAAUUUUUGAAGCGGAUAGACCAUCCCAUUUAAUUAUUUAAUAAAAAUUCUAUGUCGAAAUGAUCAUCCGGUCCAAGUCGACUGAACGUUUCCUUCAAUUCUCGGAAAAUAUUUUGAAAUUGAAGGGCGACUAGGAAAUUUUUGCAUCAGUUGACUAUAAAUGCAAUAGUUGCAUCACAAGCCUACAAUUUUUUUCGGGAGCUAUUCGUUAAUCAUCAAGCAAAAAGCCAAAUACUCUCAAUGUUUCAAUCACGACUGUGCUUCCUUUCUUUGAAUUAUAAUUCCGUCAUAAUUCGAACUCAACUAUACUGUCGAUAAACUAUUUGCCGGUAGAUGGCCGUCAAAUAUUUUCGAAAAAUUUUCCGUAGGUAUUGGAGCUUCUGGAGGCAAUAUAGCAUUUGGUAAGCUGCAUACGAAAAUGUAUUGAAAUUAUGAGUUCAAUAUAAAAAAGGUAUAUUAUCAAAGUUUUAUAAAUAUACAGAUAUUUUUGAAGCGGAUAGACCAUCCCAUAAUAGUUGAAAGAUAUUUCCACAUUAGAUGAACACAUUCUGAAUAUUCUAUUUCCCGUUGGUGAGUAAAUCGUCUAACAUAAUUGAUAGACACCUCGCUAACGAAGGAUCUCAUGAGAGUUAUUAUGAGACCAAUGAAGUGAUUGCUGUAAGAAUUAAUGAAGCUGCUGAUGCGAUAGCUAAAACUAAUGACUCUGAUGAGCUUGUAGAAAAUUUGCAGUUCAGGGGUAGGAUUACACAAUAAAUAUUCAAUAACUAUGA